CACCUAAACACCCAAACCACACUCUCCCACUCCCCUCACCAACUAUAUAAACUGAAGAGUGGGGUGAUCUCCGUAAUAAUAUCAUUCUGCUCCUGACCGUCAAUAUCUUUAUCAUCAUCAUCAUCUUCAUCAACAUCAUCAGCAGUCAUGAUCUCUCGCUCUCUCCUGCUGGUUCUGCUGGGUCUCGCCUGCCUUCAGUCCUUCACAACAGCCCAGAAUCCAAAUGGACCAGAUCAGUGCUGUUUCAGAUUUCAGAAUAAACCAAUCCCUGUAAGAGUCAUUACAGCGUAUGAAGAAACAGAUAUUUGGUGUUCAAAACCUGGAGUCAUCUUUACCCUGAAGAACGGUGGUCAGCGGUGUGGAGAUCCCAGUGUCGAGUGGGUGCAGGAUCGCAUAAACAAAAUUGACCAGCGUCUGUUUGACAGCCUGAGCAAUUCUACAAAGAAUUAAUUAUUAAUCUCCAUUAAUAAGGAAUGAAUAUUUCUUUCACAAAAUGCACUUUUUAUAUAAUCAGACAGGAGGAAUAAAUCUUUUUCUAAUAUAUAUGAACAUAAAAUGAUUUAUUCUAUAAACUGCUGACAUGAAUUCAUUUAUUUUCAUGCAUUAAUUUCAUCUUAAGUUUCAGAGAUUUUAUUUUCUUCUUCUUCUUUUUAACAUAUGGCUGAUUGUUUCAUUCUCUGUUAAAAUUUUCUCAUUUUUAAUUUAAAAUGACCUGCAAUAUACAAUAUAAUUACAUGUUCUACCUUCUUUUUUCAACAUGUGUAUUCUUUCUCUCUUACUAGUGGUUUGAAUUGUCACAAAAUAGUAGAAGGCUGAAGGUCAAUAAAUAAUCACUGUAUUAUGAGACGUGUUUCUGGUUCAUGCAGAAGUUCACAUCAUCCACAUUUCUGUGUAUUUAUGUAGACUGACUGAUACAGAAAUAUACACAUAGAUAGAAAAGUGUGAUUCUAUGCAGUGAAGACAAAUAAAAGAAA